GAACCUGGACCAAACAUGGCUGGCCGACCCAUCCGCAUAGGAGACCAGCUGGUUCUGGAGGAAGAUUAUGAUGAGACCUACAUUCCCAGUGAGCAAGAAAUUCUUGAAUUUGCCAGAGAGAUUGGUAUUGAUCCCAUCAAGGAACCAGAAUUGAUGUGGUUGGCACGGGAGGGUAUUGUAGCCCCACUGCCCGUGGAGUGGAAACCAUGCCAGGACAUCACAGGUGAUAUUUACUAUUUCAACUUUGCCAAUGGGCAAUCCAUGUGGGACCAUCCGUGUGAUGAGCACUAUCGGAACCUGGUCAUCCAGGAGCGAGGAAAGCUGCCAACGGGAGCCAUUAAGAAGAAAGAUAAGAAGAAGAAAAAGGAAAAGAAAGACAAGAAGGACAAAGAGACCUCCAAAAGUCCCCCGGCCCUGGGUUCCUCAUUAGCUCCAGUCCACGUUCCUCUUGGGGGCCUGGCUCCAUUACGAGGCCUUGUGGAUGCCCCACCCUCUGCUCUUCAUGGACUGCAAAGUGCAAAUCUGGGAAGUUUGGUGGAGUGCAGUAAGCUUGGAGAAAUUGUGUUGCCUUCACAGGGUCUCAAGACUUCUGCAUUUACAAAAGGUCUCUUGGGAUCCAUUCAUGAGGAUCAGAACAUGCUCAACCUCUUGGCGUUGGGGGAGGAGACCAACGAGGAGGAGGAGGAGGAGAGUGAUAACCAGAGUCUCCGCAGCUCAAGUGAGCUUCUUAAGAACCUGCACCUGGACAUUGGGGCCUUGGGGGGUGACUUUGAGUAUGAGGAGUCUCCCAGAACAAGCCAGCCAGAGGAGAAGAAAGAUGCUUCCCUUGAUUCCAAUGCUGCUGGUCCUCCUACUCCUGGCAAGCUCUUCAGCCAUGGUACAGACAGUAGCCAGAGCAGUGCUGAUGGCCGAGUGCAACAGGAAAGAGGGGCAGGCUCUGGGCUCCCAGGAAAAGAACAGCAUGAGAAGAGAGAUUCUGGGGCUUCCAGAAGUCAGGUGAUCCCCAAGGCAGAGCCAGCAGGUGAUCAGCCCACCAAAACCUCUGAAAAAGAGGUACCCACAGACCCGGUGGAAACAAAAGAGGAGGACAUCAAGAAGGAAGAGACAGUGAAGGAGCCAAAAAGGGAGGCUUCUGCCCCGAGACAGAGUGUAUCAGAUGCCAGUGAAGAGUCAGACAUCAGCGAACAUGUGAAGGAGCCGCUGCUCUCAGACUCUGCUGCUUCCGACCCCAAGUCUUUCCUUGACCUGGACUUUGGUUUUCGCAGCCGGAUCACGGAGCACCUGUUGGAUGUUGGUGUUCUUUCCCCGCUUCUACCUCUCUCCUGUCUUCAGAGUGCCCAGGAGUUGGGAAGAGAGAAGGUUGACAGCCAGUCCAGCCAAGAUGAGUCGCAGAGUGUGCGGUCCAGAGGCUCUGAGAGGCUAUCUCCUUCUCUUCUGCGUGGGGAGUGGCUCCCGAGUCCCCUUCCCAGCCAGGCCAUUGGAGGAAGGACCCCACAGGUUCCAGCAGGGCAGUCUGAGCAGGAGGAGGCAGGGGAGCCUGGGCAGGGGUCGGCAGCCAGCUCCACCGUGCCUGUUUCCCUCCAGAGGGAGCAUGGCCUAAACCCACCUGCUGCCCACGAGAGGGGUGUGGAGCUGCGCUCCCAGGCCGAGGAGCUGGGUGCUGGGCAGGAAGAGGCUGAGGAACCUGAGGAGCAGGUGGCAGUCAGCUCCAUCCCAGCAGUCUCUGCAGAGGUGCGGUUCACAGAGCCUGCAGCUCCCCCAAAGCAGCUCUCAGAGACUGCUCUGAAGGCCAUGGACGAGGCAGUGGCACAAGAACUCGAGCAAGAGCAGAAGCAGCUGCUGGAAUCACGGCAGGAGAAGAUACAACUACUGCAUGAGAAGCUGUGGCAAGAGGAGGAAGAGGAGAUCCUCCAGCUUCGCCAGCGGAAAGAGAAGUCUCUCAGUGCCCUGAAAGAGCAGCUGCAGAAAGUCACUGAGGAGGAGGAGGCUCGGUUGAGAGAAGAGGAAAGACAGAAGCUGUCCCAGCUCCGAACCCAGGUCCAGUCAAAUGCACAAGCAGAUGGAGAUCGAAUGAGGGCUGAGCAAGAGGCUUCUCUGCAGAGGCUGAGAGAGGAGUUGGAGGCUCUACAGAAGGCCGAGAGGGUCAGCUUGGAACAGAAAAACAGACAAAUGCUGGAGCAACUCAAGGAGGAGAUGGAGGCUUCAGAGAAGAGAGAGCAGGCGGCCCUGAGAGCUGACAAGGAGAAGGCUCUGCAGCAGCUGAGGGAGCAGCUGGAGGGGGAGAGGAGAGAUGCUGUGGUCACGCUGGAGAGGGAACAUAGUGCUGAGCUGGAGAGGCUCCGUUCCUCCUUGGAGGCCCAGCACAGAGAGGUGGUUUCCAGCCUCCAGAAGAAGAUGGAAGAAGCUCAGCGGAAAGAGGCUGCCCAGCUGCAGGAGGGCCUCGGGCGGGUGGAGCAGAGAGCACAACAGAAGGUUUACCAAGUGAUGGAGUAUGAGCAAGAGCUCAGUAGCCUUUUGAGAGAGAAGCGUCAGGAGGUGGAACGGGAGCACGAGAGGAGGCUGGACAAGAUGAAGGAGGAGCACCAGCAGAUACUGGCCAAGACCAGAGAGCAGUAUGAGGCUGAGGAGCGGAAGCAGCGGAGUGAACUCCUAGGGCACCUGACUGGAGAGCUGGAGCGCCUGCGUAGUGCCCACGAACGCGAGCUGGUGACCACAAGGCAGGAGCAGGACAAGCAGCUCGAGGACUUGCAGCGCCGGCACCGGGAGCAGGAAAGGAAACUCCAGGAUUUAGAGGUGGAACUUGAAAGCAGAACUAAGGCUAUCAAGGCCAGAUUGGCUCAGCUGGACGUCCAGGAGGAGACUGCCCGUAGGGAGAAGCAGCAGCUCCUGGACACGCAGAAACAGGUGGCUCUGGAGAGUGAGGAAGCCACAGCCACCCACCAGCACCUGGAGGAGGCAAAGAAGGCUCACAGCCGGCUGUUGGAGUCAAACCGGCAGCUCCGGCGAGUUCUUGAUGAGCUUCAGGUGCACAGGUUGGAGCUGGAGGCCCAGGUGGAGCUGCUGCAAUCUCAGAGUCAGAGGCUGCAGGAACGACUCAGUGACCUGGAGGCUGCAGUUGAGAAGAAGCAGGACUUGUUGAAUCAACUGGCAGUCAAGGAGAGUAAUGCUUCUCCACGCUUUGAGUCGGAUCUCCACAUAGAGGACCUGAGGAAAUCCCUUGGCACAAACCAGACCAAAGAGGUAUCCUCUUCUCUCUCUCAGAGCAAGGAAGAGACCGACUUGUCCUUGGACAGCCUGCCCUCCCACAGUGUUCGGCACUACCUCUCUGCCGAGGGGAUAGCCCUCCGUAGUGCCAAGGAGUUCCUGGUGCGGCAGACACGCUCCAUGCGGAGGCGGCAGACAGCUUUGAAGGCUGCCCAACAGCACUGGCGCCAUGAACUGACCAGUGCUCCCGAGGCAGCCAAAGACCCACCAGGCACCAAGGUUCCGGAAGAUGUACGCAAGAACCUGGAGGAGGAGACCAGGCACCUGGAUGAGAUGAAGUCUGCAAUGCGCAAGAGUCAGGAUCUGCUGAAGAAGAAAGAGGAGAAGCUGAACCAGCUGGAGUCCUCUCUUCGGGAAGAGGCCUCAGAUGAGGACACUCUGAGAGGAGCUUCCGUCAAGAAAGCGGUGACCUUUGACCUUAGUGACAUAGAUGACAUGAGUAGUGAAAGUUCUGAAUCUUCCUCGCUGCCUCAGAUCAAACUGACCCCAAACCGCAGCUUCCCCAACAAGAUCCACUACUUGAGCAGUUCCCUGCAGCGGAUCAGCAGCGAGCUCAAUGGUGUCCUGGGCAUACUGGGCAGCCUCAACACUCAGCCCCCACCCCCGCUCUUCACCUCCACGCCUGCACCCCUCUCUCCCCUGGCCUGUAAGGGCGCCCUUGGUCCCACCUAUCCCUCCCUGCCCAGGGUCUCAGCCCCGGCCUCCACGACACCCAUGCCCACCCAGUGGGCCUGGGACCCGGGGCUGGGCCCCAGACUCUCCUCCUCAGUGACUCAAACAGUGGACGACUUCCUGGUGGAGAAAUGGCGCAAGUACUUUCCAAGUGGUGUACCAGUCCUCAGCAGUGGCCCUGCUCCGCUGGAGAACAGGCUGGGUUAUGUGUCGGCCAGUGAGCAGCUCCGCCUCCUGCAGCGCCCCCACUCCCAGCUCCCCGAGGCUGGCAACACCAACUUCCAGGGAAUGAUUGAGGCAAACCGAAAGUGGCUAGAGCAUUUCAAGAAUGACCCCAAGUCCCGUCUCUUCUCGGUGCCCAGGCCCACCACCAGCUCAGGCCUGCUGCAGCUGGGUUUGGAUGAGAACAACAAACUGAAGGUGUUUCACUACUGA